AUGCAACCAUUUACCCCGAAGAAGCAGGUCACUGCUGCCAACUCCUUCUCUUUCGCUCGCAGCACAAGUACCUCGUUCACGCAUGACUCUGCAGUGGAGGACUCUUUCCAAGAUCUGUCACAUAAAUACAAUCUGCAGUUGACAGUCCCAGAUAGGAAAAUCUUGGAACGAUCACCGCAGAAGCAACGAGAGUUAGCUGAGCAAGGUUUGGAAGAUCGAGAUGCAACCAUCUAUCGACGUUUUCGCAUUCAUUUUCGCACAAAGACACUGGACCUUGUCUUGAACACUUACGGCGAGCGUGUGAAGGUACUAUGCGAAAAAUGGGUGCGCAAACCUCGAGGAGAGCCAGAUGUCACACCUCGGAAAACGAUUUUGCCUAAGGCGACCAAUCCUUGGGAGCGGGAUGAGUUGAAGCGAUUGUUAGACCAAGUAUUACAGGAACACAGGCCAAAUGUAGCUGAGUCUCGAUUGACACUGAGAAGUGGUCGUGAGUUGCCUGCCUUGGACUUCAAGCAAUCAGGUAGGACAACCCGGUUUGGUACUGUCAAGCGCACUUCAAAUGAGUUUUCCGAAAAGAUUGGCAAGCGAGCGAAGAAUUCCGCCGGUGGUCAGCACGUGUCUGAUCAAACAUCUGGCUCUUCUAUGGGUGUGGGACGGGAUGAACGAAACUACUUUGACCUUUCUACCAAUGUCAGCCAGGAAACAGUUGUGUUCUCUGACCAUGGCCGCAGAGUUUCACAGGGAACACAAACCACGGUCGAAGCUAGCAGCCAGGAAAAAGCCAGGCGGCCACCUGCACAAUCACGCUCGUUCUCCGUCUCGUCCAGCUCGAUUCAGGCGCCGGAAGAAUCCUUUGACCAUGCCGAGAGCCAUCCACAGUUACAUGAAGACGUCCGACAAUUCCUCGAUAGUAGUUCUCCAUUACAUACAUACUCAGACUUUGGCAGUCUGCUUCCGGACCAUGAAUUAGUCCAGCUUGAGGACAGUUUUGCAGAGCCGGAUAUUACGGAGAUCAUGUCACCCGCUAUUUUGGAACUCGAGGAGCGACUACAAGCGUCCUGGCCUCGAACCCCUCCUGGACUUGCAAAAGCCCCCUUCCCCGUGCUGUGGGAGGUUUUACGAGUUCUCCUUCAUUGUAAAGUCGAGAUUAGUACGUUUGAGCUUGAAUACGAACAGUCUUGGACCAAUCAGAAUCAUCUAUGGCGUAUCCUUCACAAUGAUCCUUCGCUUGCUGGCAAAACGCUCCCUGAAAAGUCUAGCGCGGCUGCUUGGGAUGCUGCUCUAGCCAACUUUUAUGUCAAUAAUCAGGCUGUAAUUCUUGUUCUUGCUUUGACACCAGCAACGGGAAGUAGUGGAGCGUUCUUCCAGGUGCAGCUGCAUGCUUUGAAAAUUGACAACACGCACCGCCUUGCUCGCCGGUUCGGUCCCGAUCGGUUCAUCGAAAUGAUCGUACCUUCGAUUGAUCGACAAAACAUGUCUAUAUUAAAGACGUUUUCAGAGGAGACUAUCAACUACAUAAGGCGUUGGGUAUUCACUAAUGUUCACCCAAUGUCUGGCCGGUUUUGGAAGCCCUUUUUUGUUCGUUCUAUUCGUGAAGGGCCAAUUAAAAAGGCGGCAAAUAAGGGUGACUGGGUUGAACCUGGGCCCAAGCAACUCAUGAAAUAUCGUUUUUACCUAUUUGCUCAGGAUGGAAACGACUUCCAGGCGCCUAGUUUGCCGGGAUUCCCCGUCAAAAAUGAGCCAAUUGCAAGCCACACAAAAUCGAGUGUCACCAGCAUGAUCCGAUGGUUGCUUGAGCCGUCCGAGAACGCUGACCAGCCAAGUCUGAAGCUCUUCUCACGAAUCUCGUUGGGUCUGAGUCGAACGGAACCAACCAUAAUUUUAGAGAAGAGCCAACUUCGUCACGUGCCCCUCGACAUUCUGUCACCCACUGGGAAAGUGAUGAACGAUGGUAUUGGACGGAUGUCGCCAAAUCUUGCACGGCAGAUUCGCGAUUCUCUGUGUCUAACUGAAACGCCCGCUGGAUUUCAAGGUCGCAUUGGAAGUGCUAAAGGAUUUUGGAUCCUUGAUGUAUCGGACAGAAGCAAUGAUGUCUGGCUUGAGACAUACCCGUCCCAGCGGAAGUGGAAUUGCAACUUUAACGACGAAGACCAUCGAACUUUUGAGGUCAGCAGUUAUCCACAGCUUCCUGCAUCCGCCGGUUUAAAUACCCAAUUCCUGCCAAUUCUAAUGCAGCAGGCAUCAACAAAGCGCAAACGUGAAGCGCUAAAAGAAUAUCUCAGUGAUCUCUUAAUACAACUUCUCAACGAUGAGAUAGAAGCUCAGAGGAUCGCUAUGCAGGACCCUUUGUCCUGUUCAGCCUGGGUUGAUAGAAAUUCAACAUCGCGGCGCGUGGAGCGUCUCAAUGACAACCAAGUACCUCGCCUAGGCAGUAUGCCCCGACACGACGAAGAUCGAAUCCAAUUUUUCUUGGCCGCGGGAUUUAAUCCCCUGAAGCAGAAAAUGUUGUGGGAUAUGAUAUGGAAGCUCUGCAAAGACAAAUGCGAAGAAUUGAAAAAACGCAUUAAUAUAAAAGUGGGUCGAUCGAUAUAUGCGUACAUGGUCAUCGAUUUCGAGGGCAUUCUGGCAGAGGAUGAAGUCCAGGUCAGCUUUUCAUCAAAUUUCAAGGACGAACUCUCUGGUUUUUCUGAUACACUAUUGCAUGGCAUGGACAUACUCGUCGCCCGGUCGCCAGCUCAUUUCGUGAGUGACAUCCAGAAAGUCAGGGCUGUUUUCAAACCGGAACUAGGAGCACUCAAGGAUGUCAUCGUUUUCCCAAGCACGGGCAAUACGCCACUGGCCGACAAGCUCAGUGGCGGUGACUACGAUGGUGACAUGGCUUGGGUGUGUUGGGACCCUGAUAUUGUCAGCAAUUUUGACUCUGCACUGGUCCCAGAUGGUCCAGAUCUCGUUAAAGAAGGUUACCUUUCGAAACAGAAGGGAACUUACCGCGACCUCAUUGAAAAGCACCAAGGCAAAGCGACUCUGAAAUUCUUGGAAGAUGGAUUUGAUUUCAACAUGCAGCCCAGCUUCUUGGGGUUGUGCACUAUUUUCAAGGAGAAUCUUUGCUAUCAAAGGCAUUCAUACUCGGAUGCCACAGCAAUUCGCCUGAGCACAAUGCUUAGCAACCUUGUGGACCAAUCAAAACAAGGCAUUGUCUUGACCGCUAGCGACUUUUCCAAAUUCAAAAGAUCACUUCUCGGGAAGAAUGAGGCAGAACCUCCGCCGCCCAGAUACAAAGCAGACUCGUGGGCUCCCAAAGACCGACUAGCGCACAUAAUUGACUAUCUUAAGUUUAACGUGAUGAUACCUACCGUAGACGCUGAGUUGGACCGUCUUAGUAAGUCAACACAAGGCCAUAAGGCGGAACCUUGGGACGAGGAUUUGGCCUUCUACUGGCACUAUUUUAAUGACUUGCGAGUAAAAGGCAACAGGAGAAUUGGCCAUGGUAUGGAAGUCCUUCAAAACGACAUUGAGCAUUUCCAUCGCACCGUCGACGCGUUGCGGGCAAAUGAGGACCUCACUUUUGACGAGAAAGUAUGGAGGUCUUAUAAAGAAUUUCAACUCAUCAAGCCUCGGGGAUUUGCGGGGACAGUAGGCGAUGUCAUUACUGUGAGGCAUCCCGAGGCUCAACAACAUACGGAAUGGGAUCUUCUGAGAGCUUCGACAUACUACAAAUUUUAUUACUGGCGAUCCAACUUCAUAUGGUGGAUCAUUGGCUCUGAGUUGCAGGAAAUUAAAGCAAAAGCAUCACGUAUUGGUCCGAUCGUGAUGAUCAACGCGAGUACAUAUGCUGCAAUGAGGCACGAUCCAAAAUAUAUACGCACCCGCAACGCGAAACUUGAAGGUCUUCAAGAUCCAUUCCACGAAGAAAGGGAGCCAUGGGAGGAAUGA